AUGGCGGCGUUCCAGCAGCGCAGACAGCGCCCCGCGACACACACCGACCACCUGAGCCCGUCGCAGUCGACCGAACACCUCUCUGACCUCGCCAGCGCCGACGAAGCCCCUGUGCUCCUCUUUGGCGAUGCCUCGACGACGACGGCGUCCUCGUCGACCAGCGCGAAGGACUCGCUCGCGCAUUCGAGCUGGGCGGUCCUCCCUACCCCUCCCGCGCGGACACAGCGCACGCAGAGCUUCCUCUCGUCGACAUCGGCGAGUUCAUCAGUCGGCGGUGGGGCUCGAGGAGCGGGCGAGGACUCGUCGUCGCUGGGGAGCCCGGCGUACCUCCAGCAGGGCUCUGUGCUACCUUCUCACGACGGCAACGGCGUCUUUGCAGCGGGGUCGCUCGUCCAGUCGUCCCUCCUCCCGUCCGUCUACGCUUCCGCCGUCAUCGACUUCGACUCGGCCUCGGACGCCUCGGACGCGCGCUCUGCCUCGUCUGUCGCUUUCGAUGCUCUCUCGAACGGCACGUCGGCGUCUGGGAGGAGCGCGACGAGCUGGCCGCUGACGGAGGAGGCGCUCUCGACCUUGCCGAGUGGGGCAGCUCGACGUCACGCGAGCGCGAGAGGGCGGCGCAGGGAGCGACGCAGUGAGGGACUGGGACUGUCACUCGGUGGAGACGACACCUGGGACGCCAUCGAGGGAGACGCGGAAGACGAGGACGAUGCGGCGAGCGCAGGGUUCACGUCUGGGUCUGAGGGAGAGGACGGGGAGGACACGGCGGCUCGCCAGGCGCGCAUGGCCGUCGAGGAGAAGGAGAAUGACGAGUGGGCGCUCUCGACACUGGCGAUGAGCGCAGGUCUCGCCCCGCCGCCCCGCUCCAGCGCAACUCGAAGCCGCCGCCCUCCUCCCCCUUCCUCCGCCUCGCAGAUCUCGCCCAUCCUCCUCUCCUCUCCUUCCGGCACAUCCGCACUCCGCUCACUUUCUCCAGCUAGCGGCAGCCGUCUCAGCCACGGUCAGAAGAGACGACACCGGCGAGCAGGCGCACGCGAUUCGGCUACGGGCAGCCAGAAGCGCAGCAACAACGGGUCGGUCAUCAGCGGACGGCCUGGACAGGUCGGUGUUCUGGAGAGGGUCCUCAUCGAGGAAGAAGAGCGGGCGAGGAGGAUGAGGGAAAUCGUCGAGCGAAGGAGGGAGGAGGAGCGCGUGCGCAAGGUCGAGCAAAGUGUUCUCUUUGGCUCCGCCGUUCGCAACUACCUCUCGAUCGACCCAGCCUUCCUCGAUCAGCUCGCCUCGACCGCUACACCCCCCGCUUCUGCCCUCCCGACGCCUACACCUUCGCGCUCGUCGUCCCCGCUCCGACACACGCUCACCACCCUCGCACGCGAAGCGAAACUCGACUCGCUCGACACGAUCGGCGAGGCUUUGCUGCGUUCUGCCGGAUUCGGGAUAGAAGACGAAGACGACGGCGCAGAAACAGAGACGGAGCAAGAGCAUCCGCACGAAUGGGCGCACUACACCGCCGCCACUCCGCCAGCCACUUCUCUUCGAGUCCAGCGCAACAGCACCACCGGACUCGAGAAGAAGUCGCAUUCGGCUUCCGACCUCCCCGGCUUGAUGCGACUUCAGCCACUCUCGACGAAUCUCUCCGUCCGUCCUACGAGCACUCUCAUACGCCGUUCCUCCUCGUACUCCUCCCCUUUCUCUCGCUCGCCUCUCCGCGCCCUCCCUUCCCAGACCGCACUCGAAAUCUCCCACCUCUCUCACGAAGAGCGCAUCCUACUCGCACCAUCGGACGGUGGCACAGCAGCCUCAGCGUGGGGCGGAGACCUCGACUCGCUCGAAUUGGCUGUGUCGUAUUGGAAGCGCGUUUGGAGGAAGUUGAGGGGGUUGGGCGCGCGCGCGGCGGGUGGGGCGGUGGUUGAGGAGGAGAGGGAGGAAGAGGCGGAAGCGGACGGGUUGGAGAGAAGGUGGUCGGUGCCGGAGUUGGCGGUCGUCAGGGAUGGCGUGCAGGCUGGGGCGUGA